CAUGGCGGCGUUUGUGGCAGGCCUGCUUGGCAUCAGCGAGCAGGAGUUUCAAUUCCGCGUGCAGCGAGCCAACCACUUGACGGUCGCUCCUCUCCUGAGCCUCUACCACUCCAUCUCUCCUCUUCUAGGUCUCACUGCCUCCUCUGAUGAUCUUCCGCUGGUUGCUGCUGUUCAUGAGGCAGUCCCUCUCUCUACUUCUUCUCAGCCUGCUCAGCUCCUCGAGGAUGCGGAUGGUGAACAAAACCAUGCGCACUUUGACGCCUCCGCUAUCGAGCCCCUCAGCCUGAACUCCGACGCUAAAUCUCAGGAGGGAGAGCUGCAGCUUACUUUGCGCGAGCAGGGACUGUGCGGCAGGUGGGAGGCGCUGCCUCAAAGGGGAGAGCGGGAGGGGGGUACUUUGACUUUUUGUUUGGAGGAGGGCUUGGCUGGACGCGGGGAGGCCCUCCGGAGAACCCCGCCUCAGGACUGA